AUGGACUAUUUCCUGGUAGGGGGCAUGGGAGGGGCCCAGACCCUUUCACACACCAGCCAGCCACUCCAAUUGGUUCACUCCAGAUUUGAAACCAGUUCCAGUCUGAAUGUGGGACACCCAGCUGAGAAAGUGGAGCCCCCUCUGCUUCCUGCUCCAGGAUUUAAAUGUCCAGGAAGCAGUCUUGCAAGGAGAGACCAAAGAAGAGCAAGCAACUGUUUAGGAGUAGCACCAACAAGUAAAAGGAUGAUCCAGCGACACCAGCUAGUGCAGUCUGUGCUUCAGGAGUUACAGGAUGCUACUGAAUGCUUUGGGUUAGAUGGGCUAACCAGUGCAGCCUUGGAGGCUGAGAGAACCUUGUCCUCUUUCUCCUUACCUAAUUACUGCGGAAGACAGGUUGAGCAAGAGCUAGAAAUUGACCGGGUGGCAAGAAAUCUCUAUCCAGAAGAUGCCCCUGCCCGUAUGUUGCCUUUGAUUUGCAAAGGUGAAGGGAAUCACCUGUUUGAGGCUGCCAGCAUGCUUUUGUGGGGAAAUACCAGCCUAAGCUUGGAGUUACAAGUACGCACAGCAGUUGAAAUGUUACUUCACAAGCAAUACUACCUAAAAGGCAUGAUUGACUCUAAAGUGAUGCUCCAGGCUGCUCGCUAUUCGCUUUGCACCGAGGAAUCUCCUGAGAUGACUAGCUUACCCUUGGCUGUCCUGGAGGCUAUUUUCGAUGCUGACAUCAAAGCCACCUGCUUCCCUGGGACCUAUGCUAAUAUGUGGCAUGUCUAUGCUCUUGCUUCUGUGGUGAAGUGUAACAUCUAUUCCAUCUACCCAAUGAGCAAUCUAAAGAUCCGCCCAUACUUUAACCGACUGAUCCGACCCAGAACAUGUAGCAUGCAAGCCUCCACACUUCACAUCAUGUGGUCAGGGCAACAGCUCUCCAGUCAGGUUUUCAAGGCUCAGUGUUUUGUGCCUGUUGUGGGGCUGGAAGAAAUAGAAGAACUGGAACCUAACAAUCCUCCUCCUGAACCUCAAGCGCAGCCAGUGAAGACACUGGAGUUGUUAAACAAAGAUCCUCAGGUGACUUAUUCUGACCUACGUGAAAGAUACAGCAUUACCAAAAGUACUUUCUAUCGGUGGAAGCGCCAGUCCCGGGAGCACAGACAGAAAGCAGCUGCCAGGUUUGCGGCCAAACACUUCUUGCAAACUUGCUUUCAAGAGGGAAAUAUUGUCCCACUUCAGCAUUUCCGGAAAAUGUUUCCAGAAAUCUCUCGCUCCACUUACUAUGCCUGGAAACAUGAGAUGCAAAGCAUGCUGAAUGGUAAUGCUUCUUCUCCUGCUGAAGGUGUAUUGUCAAAGGCUCCCCAGGUGUACAAACCAGAGAAGAUCUGUACUGGUACAGAUGGUAGUAUUACAAAAUCUGAUGGAGGCCUGAUAUCUGUAGGCCCUCCUCUCCUGAAUCAAAAUGGCACCUCCAUGCAAGGAGCCAAGUCUUACCUGGAAAAUUCAAUUUCCACAAAUACCCUUGUACCCUAUAGGAGCUUCAAGAGGAGUUUUCCUGGCAUCUCCAGAUCUACUUAUUAUAACUGGAGGAGAAAAGCCAUGAAAGAGAACCCAAAUGUCAAGCCUUCUCAGUCUCUUUGUGUUAGUCAGAUACCUCUUAUGAAAAAGAAGCCACACCUGCCACUUCAACCAGGAAAUUCUCCUGUUGGGAAGAUGGUUAAUGGAUACCAUCCAGAGCCUGAAAUUCAAGUUCACAUCAAGCCAUCUCUGUACAGCUGGCAAAAGCAACUUCGUGACUUAGCCAAAAAACAUGUCUGCCAAUGGAAAAUGCCCUUCUGCAAGUUCCGCCUUCGCCAUCCAGGUGUCUCUUCUACAGCCUAUUGGUUCUGGAGAAAAAGAAACAGCAGCCCGACCAAAAAGCAUUCCACUUUACCAAAUGGGGCCUCCAAAAACUUUGAACAAGCUACUACUGAGACUGGUGAGAACACUCAGUUGGAAUUCCAUUCACCACAGCAAAAGGAAACUGUCCCACCGCAGCAAAAGGAAACUUCAGCUCCAGUGGAUAAGCAAAUGGCUCAACCCCACAGUGCCAUGAAACCAGGUUAUCAAAUGGCGAAGCGAGUCAGCAAUGAUGACAUGUUUGUGAUGGAUGUGAUUGCCACAGCGCAGUUCAAGGCCCAGGCCAAGCUGUUUCUCCAGCAACGCUUUGAGUCAAAAACCUUCCCAACUUACAAGGAGUUCAGAGCCCGCUUCCCCCUAACAGCACGCUCUACUUACUACAUGUGGAAACGUGCACUGCAUGAUGGAUUGACUCUUGUGGAUUCCUAG